UAGCCAUCAAGAGCUUGUUUUGGUAGUGAAGUCGAAGUUGUGUACAACAUUCGCCUUGAGAAAAAAGAUGGGAUUGUGUAACUAGUUGGGGGAAUAUUAUGUUCAAUCUGAAAUGGGUUUUGUUAGAUUCGAUCAAAGAUUGUAAGAACUUAAGGAUCUUUAAGAAGAUUCAUGCGCAGUUGGUAGCAUCAGGAUUAGUUUACGAUGAUUUUGUCACAAACAAAGUGGUUGAAUUCUUUGCCAAUUUUGUUGAGUUUGGCGACUAUGCCUGUGAUUAUCUCAAACAAGUCAACAUUCGCUUAGGUUCGUUUCCAUUUAACUCCCUGAUUAAUGGAUAUGCUGGUGGUGAGUUCCCACAAAUGGCGGUUUCAGUUUAUAGAAGGAUGGCGCGAGAUGGGUUUGUGCCUGAUUUGUUUACUUUUCCAGUGCUUUUUAAAGCAUGCUCUAACUUUUCAGGGAGCAGAGAAGGUAGACAGGUUCAUGGCGUGGUGGUUAAGUUGGGGAUUUUGAGUGAUCUUUUUGUGCAAAACUCGCUGGUUUGUUGCUAUGGAGCUUGUGAGGAUUUUUCUUGUGCAGGUAAGGUGUUCGAUGAAAUGCUUGUUCGAGAUGUUGUUUCGUGGAACAGUUUGAUAUCUGGGUUCAUGAAGGCGGGGCGUUUUGAUGACGCAAUUUCUUUGUUUUUCAGGAUGGAUGUGGAACCGAGCGUUGCAACUUUAGUUAGUGUGCUUGCUGCUUGUGCAAGAAAGGGAGAGUUGUAUAUGGGGAAGGGGAUUCAUGGUAUGAUCCAGCGAAGGUUUAAGUUGGAUUUGGUUCUAGGUAAUGCAAUGCUGGAUAUGUAUGCAAAGAAUGGAUGUUUAUAUGAAGCUAAGAACAUAUUUGAUGAGCUCCCAACAAGAGAUAUUGUGUCAUGGACUAUCAUGAUCACUGGAUUGGUGCAGAGUAACCAUCCAAAAGAGUCCUUGGAGCUGUUUUGGAUGAUGCGAAACUUGGGCAUUAGCCCUGAUGGUAUUAUCUUAACUAGUGUUCUAUCUGCUUGUGCUAGCCUAGGAACACUCGAGUAUGGAACAUGGGUCCAUGAGUACAUUGAUCAAAGAGGAAUCAAAUGGGAUAUCCAUAUUGGAACUGCUAUUGUUGACAUGUAUGCCAAAUGCGGCUGUGUCGAAAUGGCUCGGCAAAUCUUUAAUAACAUGCCUCAAAGAAAUACCUUCACUUGGAACGCCUUGCUAUGCGGUCUGGCUAUGCAUGGACUUGCGCACGAAGCGUUAUUUCUUUUUGAAGUUAUGAUAAUAUCAGGUGUCAAGCCUAAUGAGGUAACAUUUCUAGCAAUUUUGACAGCUUGCUGCCAUUCUGGUCUGGUUGAUGAAGGGCGCAAGUAUUUUGAUAACAUGAGUAGUCAAACGUAUAAUUUAUCUCCGAAGUUGGAGCAUUAUGGAUGCAUGAUCGAUUUGUUGUGUCGAGCGGGGCUCUUGGAGGAAGCUGUGGAGUUGGUAAGGACCAUGCCAAUGAAGCCUGAUGUGCUUAUCUGGGGAGUGCUACUAAAUGCUUGCAAAACUGUUGGAAAUAUUGAGCUCUCUCAACACAUACAAGAGUACAUCUUGGAACUUGAUACGGAGGAUAGCGGAGUCUUCGUGCUGCUGUCCAAUAUAUCUGCUACUAAUGAAAGAUGGUCCAAUGUGACUCGAUUAAGGAGGUUGAUGAAAGAUAGAGGUGUAAAGAAAUCACCUGGAUCAAGUGUCAUUGAGGUGGAUGGUAAGGCUCACGAAUUCGUGGCUGGCGAUAUUAGUAACCUUGAAAUCGAAGAAAUCUACAAGGUGUUAACCCUCAUUAACUCUGUCCUCCAUGAAAGCCAUUUGAUGCACCCAUUGUAGGUUGCUGGUUCACUUUUAGUAUACGUUUCUUUGCCUUUUAGUACAUAAUUACGUUGCUUCAAAUGGACUAUUACAUUCUAUUAUGCUGUGUUUGAUGUGAAUA